CUUUCUCCCACAAUGCAGCAGUGUAAUGCAAACAUGGCGUCAAAUGCUGCUGUUAUGAUCGGGCCGUGGGCUCUGCACAACAUGUAGAACAGAACCACGAAGGCAGUUAAAUGAUAAUAUUAAUCAGCUUUAGAAAUCAAAAGUCUUUCCGGACAGUCCUCUUCAUGGUGUCAAGGCCACCAAAAACAACAAGCAGCAUCACUUAGGAAUGGAUGAGUCUUCAACUCCUUUGACGUCAAACAAGCAGUCUCAUCUUAAAGUAUCCAAAUCUUUGCACAGUUCGAGAGAGCGCAUCGACUCCUCUAAGCGUGGCAAAGAAAACCCAAAUGAUGAUGUUAUUUUAAGGGUAGCGGGCAAAACUUCUUCGGAUACGGUCAAACGAUGCUCAUCAAGGUUAAAUCGACUGAGUGGAAGAACACGUUCUAGGGAAAGAGACAACGGCUCACACACAAAUCGAGAGACCAACUCCCCCGUUGUGCCAAAUACACGCCAGAAAGUCUCCUUAGAACAGAAGAAUUGUGCGGUUAUAGCUUCAAGAAUCGAAAAGCAUCAUGGAUUGAAAGCUACAGAAGUGAUGCAUCAAACUGUCGAGGGGUGCUCAUCCUCGGGCCCAGGUACAAUGGAAGGAUCACUGACAGAGCAACAGCUCGGCCUCCGACAGGCAGAGGAGCGCCUUUGCAGAGAUUAUAUCCACAGACUUUUAAAACAAUCCCCAGAAUACCCGAAAUAUCAAUACAUAUGCAAGCUGUGUUCUGUUCUGAUUGAACACAUUCAAGCGGCACAUAAACACAUCAAGGAGAAGAGACACAAGAAGAACAUAAUGGAAAAACAGGAGGAGAAUGAACUGCGUGCCCUGCCACCCCCCUCUGCCUUGCAACUAAGAGCUAUCGACAAAGCUGUUAUUGAAGCAGCCAAGCAGCAUGGGAUAUCUGAGGAGGACUUUGAGCAUCGGAAAGACGUGGUUAUGAGGAUGGAGAACCUCAUAAAGAAACACCUCUCAGAUUGCAGUCUAAGUCUCUAUGGUUCUUGUCUUACCCGAUUUGCCUUUAAGACGAGUGACAUCAACAUUGAUGUCCGCCACCCAUCCACAAUGACACAACCGGAAGUCCUGAUUCAAGUGCUUGACAUCCUCAAAAACAGCACUGAAUUUUCAGAGGUUGUGUCGGACUUUCACGCCAAAGUUCCUUCCAUAAUCUGUCGAGAUGUUAAUAGUGGCCUAAUGUGCAAAGUGAGUGCAGGCAAUGAUGUUGCUUGUCUCACAACAAAUCACAUGGCAGCUUUAACUAAAAUGGAACCCAGAUUGGUUCCCCUGGUGCUGGCUUUCCGAUAUUGGGCAAGGCUAUGUCACAUUGACUGUCAGGCUGAGGGUGGCAUCCCCUCGUAUUCCUUUGCUCUCAUGGUCAUCUUCUUCUUGCAGCAGAGAAACAAGCCAGUCCUCCCUGUCUAUCUGGGCCAUUGGAUCGAAGGCUUUGAUGUGAAACGUGUGGAUGAGUAUCAUCUGACAGGAAUUCAGUCAGACAUGUAUGUGCAUUGGGAGCACAGACCUUCUAGCUCUUCAGAUGGACAGGGAGAGAAUCGAAACGAGGCUAGGGUACAAGGCAGAUCAAAACCAGAACGUCGUAAAACUGAUAAAAUUCAGCUUUCACACGGCUUGGCGCGGCUGACAUUUGAAUUGUGUGAAAGUGUGUCACUGGGACAGCUAUGGUUGGAACUCAUCCGUUUCUACACACUUGAGUUUGCAUUGGAAGAGUACACUAUCAGCAUCCGUUUAAAAGAGCAUCUAUCUCGGGAAAUGAAGAACUGGCCUCGUCGCCGGCUCGCUAUUGAAGAUCCUUUUGCCUUGAAGAGGAACGUCGCUCGAAGCUUGAACAGCCAAAUGGUGUUUGAGUACAUACAGGAGCGCUUCCGCACAGCUUAUAAGUACUUUGCCUGCCCACAGAGAAAAGGCAUUCUGGAGCAGAAAAGCAAAAUGGGUGGCAAGUAUGGAUCCAAGUUGUGCCGAGGAGAGAAGGAGGAUACUUCAGUGAGUGCUCUCAAGAUAGAGACUAAAUUAUCUAGGUUAACAGUUGACAGUGUUCAAAUGGCAUUCCGUCCAUCAAAGGAUGAUAGUGCAAUUGUAAGUGACGAUAAAGAAAAUUUAAAUCAAAAGGUUGAGAUGACGCUUGAUGGCAGCCUCAUGGAAAUGGCCCUCAGCAAAGAUAACAAAGUCGCCGAACACCUGUCAAUCCCUUUCCUUUCUGUCAACGGUUUACCGGACGAGGAAGUAAAGAGUGAGGAUGAGGCAAAGUGUUUUUCCAAAAACGAGGGGAUCACAACAGAGGAGCUUCACUACGUCUUUGAUAAGAUGAUUUUUACUGGCGGGAAGCCUCCAAAUGUUGUGUGCAGUAUUUGCAAACGAGAUGGUCACCUGAAGGAUGAGUGCCCAGAUGACUUCAAGAAGAUAGAGUUGAAGGUUCUGCCUCCAAUGGACAGCCAUUUCAGAGAGAUCCUUGAUGGGCUUUGCAAACUUUGCCACUCUGAGCUGGCACCCACACAUGCUGAGCAGCAGAAGAGAGAGCAGAUCCUUGCCAGUCUGGAAAAGUUCAUAAGAAAAGAAUACAAUGAUAAAGCUCAGCUAUGUUUAUUUGGAUCCUCCAAGAAUGGCUUUGGUUUCCAUGACAGUGACCUUGACAUUUGCAUGACUCUAGAAGGCCAUGAGACGGCAGAGAAGCUGAACUGUAAGGACAUCAUUGAAGGCCUUGCUAAAGUGCUAAAAAAGCAUACAGGUCUGAAGAACAUCUUGCCUAUUACAACAGCAAAAGUACCAAUCGUAAAGUUUGAACACAGGCAGAGCGGUCUUGAGGGGGACAUCAGUCUCUACAACACGUUGGCUCAACAUAACACCAGGAUGCUGGCUAUGUAUGCAGCUCUGGAUCAGCGUGUGCAGUUCCUGGGAUAUAUGAUGAAAGUCUUUGCAAAGCGCUGUGACAUUGGAGAUGCAUCCAGAGGAAGUCUAUCAUCAUAUGCCUAUAUCCUGAUGGUGCUUUACUUUCUUCAGCAGAGGCAACCUCCAGUCAUCCCAGUCCUCCAGGAGAUAUUUGAUGGCGCAAGUAUUCCCCAGAGAAUAGUAGAUGGUUGGAAUGCCUACUUCUUCGAUGACCUUGAAGAUCUGCAGCAGCGACAGAAUUUGUCAGGAGGGGAUGUCAACACAGAAUCUGUAGGUGAGCUGUGGUUGGGCCUCCUGCGCUUCUACACUGAAAAGUUCGAUUUCAAGGAGCAUGUCAUCAGCAUCCGCCAAAAGAAACGCCUCACUACCUUUGAAAAACAGUGGACGAGCAAAUGCAUUGCUAUUGAAGAUCCCUUUGAUUUGAACCAUAAUCUUGGUGCUGGAGUUUCUCGGAAAAUGACAAACUUUAUUAUGAAGGCUUUCAUUAAUGGACGAAAGCUGUUUGGAACUCCAUUCUACCCAGUCCAUGGGACUGAAGUGGACUACUUCUUUGAUGCAAAGGUUCUAACAGAUGGCGAGUUGGCCCCAAAUGACAGGUGCUGCAGGAUCUGUGGAAAGAUUGGACAUUAUAUGAAGGACUGUCCCAAGAGACGAAGAAUUAAAAAGAAAGAAAAUGGUGAAGAUGUCAAAGAGGACGACCGGGAGCAAAAAGACAGACGUUGUUUUCAAUGUGGAGACACUGGUCAUGUAAGGAGAGACUGUCCUGAGUAUCGCCAUCUAAAGCAGAGGACUACCGGGACACCAGCUCCUCAUAUGGUACGCUCUCUGGUGAGUUCUAAGUCCAUUACUGGCUCCCAGUUAGUGCCAGACUGCUCUGGAAGAACCAGGCUCCCCUCAGAGAGUUCAGACGGACUCCAAACUCCACCAUAUUCUCCACAGCCCACAGCUGUCUCUCAGAGUUCCCCUCAGUCCUCCAGUUCUCCCAAGCCCUCCCAAAACAAGACAAUUUCUUCAGGUCCCCACCACCAGGGCUCACUCUCCCUUUUCAAAUUUCCUUCAUCCCACUCCGGUCAAUAUCAACUUGGAACACUCGCUGCACUAGGGCCUCUCCCCUCCCACCAGCACAAGUCACACUCAUCUCAGGGUCAGCCUCACAACCCGGCUCACAUCCCUUCCCCCUCCUGGCCCAUCCACGGACCUGUCCGCGUUACAAACACAAGCAACGUCCCCUCGCCGCCCGGCUUGAAAUUCUCUCUUCGUUCGCCAUCGGGAAGCCCCACGAGCAGCCCCAACGCCAUCAACUUGAAUGAUCCCAGUAUCAUAUUCGUACAGCCGGCCGGAAGACCAAUGGGCACUGGUGGACCCGGGCAUGAAGCACACUGGCUCAACCGCUUGACGCAACCUGGCUCGCUAUUGGGAAACGGCACCGUGGUCAAGUCAGAAUUGGACCACACGAGCCAAUUUAUUGGUGUAAACCAGGGUUCUCAUCUAUGGGAGCAUCAUAAAACACACCAAUAUGCACUGUCUCCUCCAUGGCCAUACCGAAUGCCCCAGAAUUUUAUUCAGCAGGGUAGCAGUGGCUACCAACCAGGUUCAGUGGUGCAUCUGCAUCCAAACAUGCCCAUGGUUCCUCACGUCAGGCACCCAGUAAAUCUUAAUUUCAUCCAGCAGAAGAAGUGAACUGCCUUUUUCAACGGGGUUAUUUUUUAAAAUUUGCUGUACGGCCAGUGACACAAUAACGUAACACGAUGUACACUUUGCACCAUUUUUAUCAGCUGAAUUUUUAAAUGAAAUGUUUCAUUUUUGUACAGUUUUUAGCUUUUUUUUGUUUCAUUACAUUGAUUUGUGAUACAAAUGUUAAAUAUUUUAAUUCCCCAAUUUUGAGGGGGUCAAAAAGUGUUAUUUUAUGUGCAAAGUAAGAGAGGCAGUCAAUGUGUAUUUUUAUUAGCUUCUGUGGUUGCCAAAAGAUGAAGGCUUGGAAUAGAUGUUUCAUUUCAAAACUGUUUAAUAUGGCACACUAAUCACGUUGUGCCAAGCCAUUAGCACAAAUAAGGGAAAAAUACCUGUUGAGGGGAAAAAAAAAAAAAGUAUUGGCGAGGGAAAAAAAAUAAUAAAAGUAUUGGCAAACCA